GGCGACGAAGAUUGUAGCAGCAGAAGAAGAAAAUUUUCAUUCGCUCGAAAGCAAUUGAUUGAGGAAAUAUUUUCAAUUUAACUAAAAAAUAAGUAGCCUUAUAAAAGUGAAUCAAUGUCGAAUUUAAUUGAGUAAAUGUUGGAAAAUGGAAAGUAAUAAUCAAUUGGUGGCGGAGAGAAUUUUAACGCCUGAGUUAUAUUUUCUCAUAUCGAAGUUUCUGGCUUCGGGUCCGCUGCGGGAGACGGCUGAGGUACUUGUGCGUGAAUUGGAGCAAAAAAGGGUUUUGCCACGGCGCACUGAUUGGCUGGGCUAUGAACAUGAGCAAACCUUCGCGGAAUUGGAACAAAAAUAUGCACAUAUUGGAUCCAAUCAUCUAUUAGAAAUAUGUUGUCGCAUAGGACCAAUACUAGACAAAGAGCUGCCACCGGCAGUAUUGGGCAUAGUCUCUUUACUUGGCACCGGUCGUCAGAGUUUGCUGCGCACCGAAGAAAGUAUUUAUCGGUCGCGUUCCUUGCUCGACUAUUGCACACGUUUAAAUGGCGUAUCACUUCCAGAUUCUUCAGUAACAAAACCAAUUCACAAUUUCCAAAAAGUUUUAAUUGGGCGCGAAUAUGGUGGCCCAGUUCGUCGGAAAUUAUUGGUACCCAUUAGUCUUUAUAGCAAAACCAAGCUACUGAAACGGACAGUGGGCCAUUUAUCGUCUGUUUAUUGUGUGCUAUUUGAUCGUACUGGACGUUAUAUUAUAACGGGAGCGGAUGAUCUACUCAUAAAAAUAUGGUCAGCAUUGGAUGGCAGAUUGUUGGCUACUCUUCGUGGCGCGUCAGCAGAAAUUACGGAUAUUGCAAUCAAUCUUGACAACACGAUGUUAGCUGCUGGCUCUUUAGAUCGUAUUCUGCGUGUUUGGGACAUGCAGACCACCUCGCCCAUAGCUGUGCUUUCCGGUCAUACCGGCAUGAUAACAUCAGUGAAUUUCUGUCCCUCACCACGCAGUGAUCUUAAGUACUUGGUGACUACCAGCACUGAUGGAUCAAUUGCAUUUUGGUCGUAUUCGACGCCACGUGGCCAAAAAAUCACGUUCGCACCCAAGCCAAUACAAUAUCACGAAAAGUUGCGCCCGGGCCAGGCUCAAAUGAUGUGUACGACUUUUUCGCCGGGGGGCAUGUUUCUUGCCGCUGGUUCAGCUGACCAUCAUGUACGUGUUUACAUUAUGUCAGAAGAUGGACCCAAACGUAUACUCGAAGCUGAGGCAUACACAGAUGCAGUAGACUCAGUGCAAUGGUCGCAUAGAGGCUUACGUUUCAUAUCGGGCAGCAAAGAUGGGACGGCACAUAUUUGGAAUUUCGAAUCACAACAAUGGAAAAACAUUAAGUUGUGUAUGACAGAACGUCUACCAGGUUGUCCGCUGCUAGAAGAGGGUAAAAAAUUGAAAGUUACUAUGGUCGCUUGGGAUUGCUCGGACAAAUAUGUUAUUACGGCCGUCAAUGAUUUUACAAUUAAGAUUUGGCAUUCAAAAACUGGUAAACUGCAUCGCGUAUUGCGCGGUCAUAAGGAUGAACUCUAUGUACUCGAAUCGAAUCCGAAGGACGAACAUGUGCUACUCUCCGCUGGCCACGAUGGACAAGUAUUUCUGUGGGAUAUUGAAAAUGGCGUUUCAGUGGCAGAGUUUGUAAACGAUAUCGACGGGCAAGGCCAUGGUGGUGUUUUCGAUGCCAAAUGGUCGCCAGAUGGCACAAUGGUUGCCGCUACAGAUUCACAUGGUCAUUUACUUAUAUAUGGACUUGGCAUCGGUCCGGAUAAAUACAAAAUGCUUCCCAAUGAACUAUUUUUCCAUACGGACUAUCGGCCCCUGAUGCGCGAUGCAUCCCAAUAUGUUGUUGACGAACAAACACAAGUUAUGCCACAUCUGAUGCCGCCACCGUUUCUUGUCAAUUCAGAAGGCAAUCCUUAUCCCGUACAGUAUCAACGUUUUGUCCCAGGUCGUGAAAGUUGUACACGCGAACAACUGAGACAAAUUUUAACAGUCGGUGAUGAUGGUACGGUUAUUGUACCCAACAUAAAUGGCGCAGGUGGAAACUUUUCCCAUAUAGAUCGGCUGAUUGCCGUGUUGGCAAAUCGUCAAGGUGCGGCACCAGCAUCACCAGCAAUUCCAGUUGGAAACAAUGCAGCAGGUAAUCAUUCGCAACUGGAUCGUCUUAUAGAGGCACUUGCUAGCCGUCAAGGACAGGACCAGGCUCCCGAUUCUAAUAAUCGUCCUUCAAGCAGCCGCUCAGCACCCGGAGGAGCGGCAUCUUCGCGUUACAGCUUUGAUGAUGUACCUGGCCGACAAUUUGAACAAAAUAUUGCAAGCCGUCAGGGUACAAGCCGUUCGCGAACAACUGAUGAACAGCAGUUGGUGCCAAUUACCGAACAGCCAGCACAACCACCGCAGAUUAAAUACUUUCGCCGUAUUUAUGUACGUCCCAUGAAGUACCAACAAUUACAAAAUAUCAAACAAGCUGUGUAUGCGGCUGGUCAGUAUGAGAUGCAGGAGUAUAAACGUGAGAUGCGGCGACGUCCUAUUAUGAUUACCACAGGAAAUGUGGCAAGCGCACAAUCGAGCAAUGGUCGUCAACGUAAUACGCGUGCCAACAACGGCGCUGGUGCGGUACGAGCACGUCGUCGUCAGGGCCAAGGCAGUCAAUCACAGCCAGCAUAUCGCACGCGUGCUGUACGCGAUCAGGAAGAGCUAGAUGCGCCACCGCCUCCCGAAGAAGACGAGGAGGAUGAAGAGAGUAACUCAUCGUCGGGCGAUACCAGCUACUCCAAUGUUGAAGAAAACUUGGAGGAGUCGUCAGAUGAUUCGGAUACCGAAAGUUCUGAUUAUUCGGAUUGGGUGGCUGAUACGCCCGGCCCGAACUUGGAGCCACCGAAACGCUCCAAACGCAAACCGCUUUCAAGACGUCGCACAUUUAGCGAUGAUAGCAGUGACGAGACUACAGAACAAGCCACCACAUCUGCGGGUGCAGCAGCCAAAGCAACCAAGCGCAAUAAACGCAUCGUUAUACCGCCACCAGCGCCCAAUGGUGAGAUACCAGAGGUAUAUCGGCCUGCCGAAUGGCUGUCGGAGGUUAUACCGCGUAAGGCACCUUACUAUCCACAAAUGGGUGACGAGGUAGUAUAUUUUCGUCAAGGACACCAUCGAUAUUUGGAAGCUGUGCGCGUUAAAAAGGUAUACAAAUUAACACACAGCUCGGAGCCAUGGAACUUUCGAACAUUACGCGAUCGUGAAUUUGUUCGCGUGAUCGGCAUUAAGUAUGAAAUACGUCCGCCGCGUCUAUGCUGCCUCAAGUUAGCAAUGAUUGACGAUGACGGCAAUAUGACUGGCACGUCUUUUAAAAUUAAGUACCAUGAUAUGCCAGAUGUGCUUGACUUUCUGGUCUUGCGUCAAACUUUCGACUUGGCUGUACAGCGUAACUGGAGUGUUGGCGAUCGUUUUCGCUGCAUGAUUGGUGAUGGCUGGUGGAUGGGACAAAUUGAAUCACGUUAUGCACUUUCUGCUGACUUUCCUGAUUCGUAUUUCAUGUGUUUCCGUGUGCGCUGGGACAAUGGCGAGUAUGAAUAUAUGAGCCCUUGGGAUAUGGAACCGAUUGACGAAAAUCGUCUACCCGACGAAGUGGGUGGAGCAGUACCUGUAUUGCAAGAGGAGAUACGAGCUACUUUGUAUCAACCAAAAUCAGAAGAGUGGCAUCGGGGAGAUCGUGACGGUUCCUGUAGACGCAUUAUAAACGGUUUAGAACAGGUCAUGCGUCUCUCCAUUGCCGAACACUUUUUGGCUCCAGUUGAUCUGAAUGUUUAUCCCGACUACGCCUAUCUAAUUGAGUACCCAAUCGAUUUGACAACAAUAAAGUCACGUUUUGAAAAUCAUUUUUAUCGACGCAUAACCUCAGCACAAUUCGAUGUACGUUACUUGGCGACCAACGCAGAGAAGUACAAUCGUUCUCAUACGAAUAUUGUAAAACAUGCGCGCAUUAUAACAGAUCUCUGUUUGCGCGUAAUUAGGGAGCACAAUGAUAUUGAUGUUGCGGCUGUUUAUCAUCAAUUGGUUGAUGUUUAUCAUUCAUCGGAAACAGAGAACGAUAAUGAAUCGGAUGUGGUGCCCUCGACGAGCACCGGGCCAUCUACAUCGGCUGCGGCGCGCCAAAAGAUGUCAGCGACUCGAAGAUCAAGUCGCAUUCGUUCAGAUGGUGACUGGCGUACCGAAUGUCGCCAACUAUUGGACUUAAUGUGGCAACGCAACGAUUCUUUGCCCUUUCGUGAACCAGUCGAUACACUGGAAUUCCCCGACUAUCUUGAAAUUAUUUCAUCACCAAUGGAUUUGCGUACAGUUAAGGAGGAUUUACUUGGUGGCAAUUAUGAAGACCCGCUGGAUUUUGCAAAGGAUGUACGUUUGAUAUUUCAAAAUUCGCGCAACUAUAACACCAAUAAACGUUCACAAGUAAGUUCGAAAAUUAUCUACUUCUUGUACGCCGCUCAGCUGUUAGAGCGUUGCUUUGCUUGAGUGUAGCUUUUGUGCAAAUUUUA